CCACUCAAAAGCACGACAUUGCUAAGGCAUUAUUCUUACGUACGUACGGUGUGUUCCGUCAAACAAGGCAUGCAAUCGUUGAAUUAGUUAUACACACACACACACUAUAUAUAUAGGUAGAAAGCCGAAGAUAUAUUAUCAUAUAACCAAACUUAUAUAUAGCAAUAGCUAGCACCAAAUAAACUCAUCAUAUAUACAAUAUAAUACAUUAUAUAUUAUUAUUAAGUGAUAAUAUAAUGGCUUCCAAAAUCUCAUUAUUGGGAGCGAUUUUCCUAGUAUUAGCAGUUACGCUAUCUUAUAUAGAAAGAGCUGAAUCAAAACACACAGCCUUCGAAUUCAUCGGCCACUUGAAGGGAUGUCACAAGGGCCAAAACGUCACUGGGGUCCACCAACUCAAGCAGUACCUACACAAGUUUGGUUACUUGGAUACUAAUACUACGAAAAGAAAUCAUCUACGAUUUUUUUCCAACCACGCCAACGACGAUCUCUACGACGACGUUUUGGAAUCUGCCGUCAAGUCCUACCAGCAACACCACCACCUCAAAGUUACCGGAACCCUAGACCCGGAAACCGUGAAAGAAAUGACCAAGCCUCGAUGUGGACUUCCUGAUAUAGUCAACAACAAAAACCACGACCAUCACCACCAUAAUAACCGCAAGCUCUACCGCUUUUUUCAAGGAAACCCUCGUUGGCGAAAAUCCAGACUCACUUAUAAGUUUCGAUCAAUUGCUAACUCGGCAUCUGCCGAGAGCAUAAGGUCCAUCUGCGCCCGAGCUUUCGAGAAGUGGGCGCAGGUGAGUCAUUUUACUUUCCAAGAAGUUGGGGAGAGCAGCACGGCUGAUAUAGUGAUCGGGUUCCAUGUUGGGGACCACGGCGAUCCCUAUCCGUUCGACGGGCCUAGGGGGGUUUUGGCUCAUGCAUUUCCACCUUCAACAGGGCUUCUCCAUUUUGAUGGAGCUGAGAAUUGGAGUAUGAACCCGGGACAGAACGAGGUGGAUUUGGAAUCGGUAGCAUUGCAUGAGAUUGGGCAUGUGUUAGGGCUGGGUCACGACGACACCGUUCCGGAUGCAAUAAUGUAUUCGACAUUCAGCUACGGAUUGACCAAGAGGAAUCUACAUCCUGAUGAUAUUCAAGGUGUACGUGCCUUGUAUGGUCUGAGUUGAGUAAUUGAUCCAUCAAUACGUACGCACGCGUUACUAUUAUAUAUACAGUUCAUAUAUAUAAUUAAAUAAUUUUAUUCGAUCAGCAAAUAAAUUAUUCCAAAUGAUGAAUUGUAGUUGCUUUAAUAUGUAUUGCGCGCGUACGUAGUUAAUAAAGUUAUGAUAUUGUAAACAAAU